AUGGCUCACAUCCGCCGCUUACUGACCCCAAACACCCCUGUCCGCCUCGCCGACCAGACCGCACAUUCAGACCCGGUCUGGCCCACGGCGUCCCCGCGGAGCGCCUUCUGCGUAAACGACAUAGUCGCAUCAGCAAUGGAACCGAAGCCGAAACCUCGCCGCCCCAAGAUGAUAGAUUACAACCACCGCGCACGCCAGCUCCUGCGUUAUGCAAACGCGGACCCUCCCCUACCGAAUCGUGGCACUAUCACGGACGAGCACAUACAGCGAGCAAAGUACCUCCAGCCGCAGUUCCAACCCGAGACUGAUGUGGAUUACGUUGAUGAGGAACAGUGGCCUGCGGAGUGGGAAAAAAAGGGCGGCCAUUCGCUGAGAGGGUUUGUAAACUGUCAACCAUGGAAGAAUGAAACAGCGGAUUAUCUAGAGGGCGAGAGACAUGACGAGAGUCAAUUGGACGGGACGCAGGAGGCGGCUGUCGUCACGGGCGACGAUCAGCGGAGCGAAGCGCGGGAGGUGACGGGUGUCUCUACCGACAACACUGAGCCUCUAUCGCUUAGGGGCCUGGCCGACAAGCUCCCACAAACGACACCCGUAAGCACGAGCCCGGACGACCGUCGUCCUUGGAAAAGGCAAAUACCUCCUUCACCCAGGAACUUGUCGGUAGUUUCUUACGCCGCGCCGUCGCCUUGCACCGCGCCUUUGACCAACAUCGCAUGGACGCCGAGCUCGUUUGGAUUGACAAUAGGCAAUGAUACGUGGCCCCAGUUCGGCCAGACGAAAGACACACCUACGCCCUUAGUGAUUGACAGACCCAAGUUAGCAGAUUUCAGCUUUCGGGAUGAUGCAGCAAACGGCCGCGGGGAUCAAAGCCGCAGCGUUUCUCCCCACGACAUAGGACGCAAGAAGUUUACGUCGCAGGAUAUGGACCGCUUUCGAAACUGGCAUCUGAUCCGACACGAAGCCUCCCUCAGUACUUGCACGACUCGGGCGAGGUCGGAGCUUGAGCGUAAAAUGUACCUUGUUCGCCCGAACGGGAAGCGUUGGAGUGAAGAAUUUGACCGUAUCUUGUGGCCGCGGCUUGUUGCCGCGCUCAAGGCAAGGUAUCGCAAGCUCGGAGAACACGAGGUCUGGUAUGUUGACGAAGAUCAGGUUGUCUAUGCGGCGUGGAGCAAGGCGUUUUUGCUAGAAGAAUGGGAUGGCGUGAGCUUCAGCCGGGCCUACGCAGAGAGGUUGUUACGGGGUGCCGAAGCGGGCAUUGAUUCGCCGCCUGGGGACGACGGUGAUGAUAUAGAUAAAGACGGCGAGCACAACGACAGUGAAGAACGACGACCGCAAGACGAUGACAAUGAGACCGUGAGACCAGAAGACUCGGUGUCGAACAUGAUACCAGCGACACCGGCGCCGACACCCGGACGACGAGGGCUCGCGCAAAAGGCUCAGCCGACAGUGGUACUGGAGGAGGCUGAUGAUGAUGAUGACGCGUUGGAGAUGAAGGGGCUCUCGUUCGACAGCAUCCGCGGACUGAUGUUGUGCGGGGCGGCAAACCUAGUCGACUUUCGUUGGCGAAUCAGCUGCCAAGACCACGGCCUCGUGGAAGGUGACAGAGCAGCCAGGAGGGAGACGGAGACACUCCGAGAGCAGUGCCUUGAGGAGUUGCGGCUGCUGGACGCUGCGCUGGACCGCGCGGCGGCUCGAGAGAUGGGGAUCCGUGAUAGAGAGGUAGCGUCGCCGGCUAUGGGCCCGAUCUGGGGCCAGAUGCUGGGAGGCCUGUGGAGGGAAUGA